AUGUCAUCUCGACCUAAAUUACUUUCCUUUGAUGCAUUUGCAAAGACAGUCGAAGAUGCUAGGAUUAAAACAGCUUCUGGUGGGAUCAUCACUUUGAUUUGUGUGUUAAUAACCCUCAUUUUGAUUCGAAAUGAGUAUAUUGACUAUACGACUAUUAUUACUCGUCCAGAAUUGGUGGUGGACAGGGAUAUCAAUAAACAAUUGGAUAUUAAUUUAGAUAUUAGUUUUAUAAAUUUACCAUGUGAUUUGAUUUCUGUUGAUUUGUUGGAUGUUACUGGUGAUCAACAAUUAGAUAUCAUUGAUUCAGGAUUGAAAAAAGUCAGAUUAUUGAAGAAUAAGCAAGGUGAUGUUAUAAUCAACGAAAUUGAAGAUGAUAAACCUGCUUUGAACAGUGAUGUUUCAUUGAAAGAAUUAGCCAAGGGUUUGCCAGAAGGAUCUGAUCAAAAUGCCUAUUGUGGACCAUGUUAUGGAGCCUUACCUCAAGAUAAGAAACAAUUCUGUUGUAAUGACUGUAACACUGUUCGUAGAGCUUAUGCUGAAAAACAAUGGCAAUUCUUUGAUGGUGAAAAUAUUGAACAAUGUGAGAAAGAAGGUUAUGUCAAACGUUUGAGAGAAAGAAUUAAUAACAAUGAAGGUUGUAGAAUCAAGGGCAGCACUAAGAUCAACCGUGUUUCUGGUACUAUGGAUUUUGCUCCUGGUUCUUCAUUCAACCACGAUGGUAGACAUUUCCACGAUUUGUCAUUAUACAAGAAGUACAAUGACAAGUUUAACUUUGAUCAUGUUAUCAAUCACUUAUCAUUUGGUGAAGUGCCUACUAAUAAUGGUGCCGAGGAAAUGUUUGAUUCCAUUCACCCAUUAGAUGAUUACCAAUUCAUGUUGCACAAGAAGGAUCAUGUCGUUUCUUACUUUUUAAAAGUUGUUGCUACCAGAUAUGAAAGUUUGGAUUAUAGUAAGAGAGUUGAUACCAAUCAAUUUUCUGUAAUUACCCAUGACAGACCAUUAAUUGGUGGCAAGGAUGAAGAUCAUCAACACACUUUACAUGCUAGAGGUGGUAUUCCAGGUGUCAAUUUUAACUUUGAUAUUUCUCCAUUGAAAAUCAUUAAUCGCCAACAAUAUGCCAAAACUUGGUCUGGAUUUAUCUUGGGUGUUGUCAGUUCUAUAGCUGGUGUUUUAAUGGUUGGUACAUUAUUAGAUCGUUCAGUAUUUGCUGCCCAACAAGCUAUCAAAGGUAAGAAGGAUAUAUAG